UGAGGAACAUUUGUACCUACAGAAAGAGCGAGGGGAAAGCUCAGGGUCAUUAUAUACUACGGGAACCGGACGGGGAAUCACAUGUGGGGUUCUAUGAAGCUGUCUGAGUGUUCAGUUUCCCCUCCCGAACCGGUGGACUCCCAAGGCUGCCCUUCUCUCUAUGACAUUAGUAUCAAACGACAGCUGAGAAGCGGCACAGUGACCCGGUUCCUAGGUGUUGUUGGCUCUUGCAAGCAGACUUCUGCUCCAUCGUUAUGCGUAGCCCAUCGCUCCCCUUGGUUGUCACCAAAUUUCUGGGGCACCGAGGAUCCCACUGCCAAGCGCACGCCAAUUCUUUCCUCCGCUGUCCGGAUGUCCCAUCUUUGCGUCCACAACUGGAAGCCGAGUUGUUGCCUCCGACUUUGGUGCAUCUCAGAUUCCUUCCUCGGAUAUAGUCUUCAUAUGCUCUCCGGAUUCCGACGAUUUUCGUCUGUCCCUAUGUUCGAAGAACUCACAAUCGAGGAAUAUACCGGUUUGGCCGUUGAUCCAUCAAGGUUUCGGGAAAAGGCGGAUGUCGAAGGUUGUUUUACGGCAACUUCACAGUAGAGAUGUGCUUACAAUACCGGCUCUACGUCUUGCUUCGGCCCGACAAGCGGUAGUAAACCUCCACAUUCUCCCAGCCACACCAAGAUGGCCGGAGGUAUCACAGGCAAUAACAGGCGGAAGGCUGAUUGUUUUCCCGUUCACUCCCGUUGCUACCAUUUUUGAAUAUUGAUGUUACCGCCUUUGGCCGGCACGGCGCUCUUCUGGUCAACCCGACCGACUCUCGUGACAUCAUGCCUCCUAGCCCUUCCCGAGAUGUUGGAAUUUACUCCGACUUCU